UUGAGGCUCUUCGCCCUACCCGCUGUCGACACUCUCUGGUUGACCAAUGAUCGACCAAUGGAACAAAUGGAACAAGAUGGAUAUCGUGCCGAAAGAGGAUGUUCUGGGGAACGUGGAACUGCUUGGCCGGGUCUCAGACUAAAACCCAUCAGACAUGAGACGAAAGACCACAUCUUGGCAUUCGUGAACGCCUGAUCGUUCGCUUCUCCGGAUCGUCUCUCGUAUUAGUCGUUGAUAAAAGCAUGAAAGAUCCUCAGCAAGCAUGAUCGAUAUUCUCCCGCCCAUCUCUCAUUUCUCACAUUUUUUAGAUCUUGAAUCUUGUCGUCCUUCUGGGAAAGGAUUUUCGUUUCUUCACUUAUCCAUUCGUUCUCGUUCCUGUUCCUGGCUGGCACUCGACUUUCGUUCUCUGUACAUACCAUUGACAUCCAACCCACCAAUAAUACCCACCAUCCUAAAAACAAGAUGCGCGCCUCCUUCCCCCUCGCUCUAGCCCUCACCGGCACCGCCGCCGCCGCAGCUCUGCCCAAGAUCCCGUUCGUCGCAUCCUCGGACGUGAUCACGUUGAGCAACACCAAUACCGCUGUCGUCGUCGCCCGUCAAAGCGCCGCCAAGGCCUGCUUCGUGAUCGGCUCCACCACGCUCCCAGCAGAAGUGGCCGACGUGGCCGCGAGCCUCGCCUCGAACGUAACAUGCUCCUCAUCCAAGACUACGAUCUCGGGGGUGCCUGACGUGACCUCCGGGUCGACGACGUUCUCCUCGGUCGACUUCAGCCAGUCGAGCCAGACGCCGCUCCAAUUCGCACUCUCCAAGUUCGCGACCGCGAGCCCGCUCGCCAGCACCGAUCUGCAAACCUUCCAGGACCAGUUAAAUGUGUACGAAGCGACUGAGGCCGGCAUCCGCAGCGUCGGCGGCUCGCUCGCCAUCAAGGUGCCCAAGUUCUUUCUCGAGAUGCAGGUUAGCCGCAUCCAGACGGCCCAGGGAAACCCGCCAACCGCCGCUGGUCUCCAGGUCGACCAUCUCCGAGACAAGGUUCUGAAGAACGCACCAAAGGAGGCCCAGGACUUGCUUGAUCAGGUCACGCAACUCGCGACGCAGCUUAGUUAGAGAGAUAACGAGAUUGCCUAAGAGUCCGUUUUCAUGGAAGCUGGGAGACGGGUUUCAGAUCAUCUGCUAAAAACGACCCUAGCUAGUACGAGUUGACGUUCAUCUAUAAUUAAAACGUUAUCCUGAAGAGUGGUAUUACUCCU